UCUUACACUAACACACACUCUCUCUCUCUCUGUCAUCCUUUUAUUGAAACCCUCAAUUCUGAACUUGCUUUGUUCCCUUUCAUUUUAUCUGUGACACGAAAGGAUUUUAUUGUUCUUGUUCUUUCUGUGACGCUUAUUAUGGCCGUGAGAGUAGCGUUGGUGUUGGCUAUGUGUUUGCUUCCGGCGAUGGUUGCUGCCAUCCGCCCAGCCAAGAGCCCUUUCGUCGUGAAGGGUCGCAUCUACUGUGACCCAUGCCGUGCUGGUUUUGAGACCCCCGCCACCACCUACAUUGCCGGUGCCGAGGUUAUGGUGCUGUGCAGGGACAGGAAUACCAACGAUGUUGUGUACUCAAAGCGUGGUUGGACUGACUCGACAGGAGCAUAUACAAUCUUUGUGGAUGAGGAUCACGCUGACCAGGUUUGCGAUGCUAAGCUCAUAAGUAGUCCUCAUCAUGAUUGUAAAGAAGCAACCCCAGGCCGUGACCAAGCCCGUGUUGUUCUUACUGGCUACAAUGGCAUUGCCUCUGACGUUAGGUUUGCCAAUGCUAUGGGCUUCAUGACACAGGACAUUUCCUCUGGCUGUGCUGAGAUCCUCAAGCAAUACCAGGAGUUCGACAAUGAGAAUUAAUUUCAGUAUAUAAUCUACUUUGGAUUUGGGUUUUCUGAUAUGUCUAUUUAAUUCAAUCUUGUUGGAGUGUUAUCUUAACAAUUUCAGUUUAUGCUUAUAUAUGUUAAUGAACCCUGCUGAAUUAUAUUAUUACAUGAUGAUCUGUCUUGGACUACAGGAUGUACUCUAUUUUGU